AUGAGUAGACUUCUAGCUUUUUGGAUAGCUUCUUUUGGUGAGUUGAUAUGGGGUUCUGAAUGGCUGGGUGGACGUCUUCGUUUAUUAUUGAAUUGGAGCGUUGGGCGAUUGAUUGGUGAUUUGAAUGGAUCAUCAGAGCUCAAGGUAUUGCACUGGGUUGGAAAGUGGAAGGGUUGGAAGGGGGUAGGACUGGAGAGGGAUGAAUGGCGGGCUAUUGCUUCUUUCAUGGGUUUGUUCAGUGUGGUUCACUUGGCAUGGAGUGCCUAA